GAGUUACCUGCCCUUGAUCUCAAACUUGAAUCAGUCAUGAGGAAGAGUUCUUUAUCAACGUGACGCACUUGUUGUCAUUAACUGUAACAAAAGCAGCAACAACAACAACACCGAGACCAUUUCUUGUUCACAGAUUACUCAUGGCUAUAGUUAUAUCAAUUAAUUAACACAAUUCACUUCUGCAAUAACGACUUUUUAUCACGGUACAAAAUGUUUGGCAAAGAACUACAUUCUUCGGCUCUCGAUAUAUAACUGUUUACUUUUAAAUAUAAAAAAGGUGGAAAGAAAGAAGAAAAAGAAAAACAAAACGAAAACAUUGACAAACUUGAUUGCUCUCUCUCUAUUUACAUUCUAUCUAUCUACUUAGAGAGAAAGAAAUUUGUAAAUAUACAUAGUUAUAUACAACACUAAGCCUAUAUAUAUCUAUAUAUAUACACACACAUACAUGUAGUUUACGUACUUAUUUUUAAGUGUCAAAUCAAUGAAGAAAAAGACAUGAAGGUAGAAAUCUUAAAAGUUAUUCUACUUAUUGCCCUAUUCAUAGUCACUUUGAUAUGUGGUUUUCUUCCUGUCAAACUGGUUUCCUAUUCCCAACGACAAACGACCCACGCUGGUUCUACACGGCAGUCCAAUCGGAAACGUUAUAAACACGUCUUCAGUUGCUUGAGUUGUUUCUCUGCUGGUGUUUUCCUUGCAACAUGCCUCCUCGACUUGUUUCCAGAUGUCCGCCAAAACCUUUCUGAUGUCCUCAUUCUCUACGAGAUCCACACGGGAUUUCCAGUGCCUGAAUUUGUUAUGGUUUUCGGUCUUUUCAUCAUUCUCAUCACAGAACAAAUUGUCUUGGAGUUCAAAGAAAAAAGUCUUCAGCAAGCAAACACUGACAAAAAGCCCUUACUUCACCAAGCUAAACAGAAACAGAUCGAAGAGGAUGCUUUAUCGUUCAAAAGUGACUUGACGAUCAGUGGCAUCGAAGAUGAUGUCUCAAGGUUUAGAGAAUACCAUACACAGGAUUCAGCUUCUGAUAUUGAAGAAAAUUUUUCUGACAGUUCUUCAGAAGACUCUCACUCUCACCACCACCACCAACACCAACACCAGCACCACCAUCACCACGACCAGAACAUAUCGAAAGGUCAUUCCCAGUCUGUUCUACGUUCCAUUCUUCUGACUGUUGCCCUCUCUUUGCACUCCAUCUUUGAAGGUUUAGCAAUUGGUUUAGCACGAAAAGAGUCUAACAUUUUAACAAUCACAAGUGCAAUCAUUCUGCACAAGUGUACCCUCAGCCUCAGUUUGGGCAUCAACUUGAGUCACAGCAAGCUGCAUUAUGGCAGUAUUAUCAGAUCAUUAUUAUUAUUUUCCCUUGCAGCCCCUAUUGGCAUUAGUAUUGGGAUUCUGAUAAUUGAUUUAUGGGAUUCUUUAACCUCAAGCCUCAUCCAAGGCUUGCUUCAGGGCAUCGCCUGUGGGACCUUUCUUUAUAUCACAUUCUUCGAGAUCUUCCCGAGUGAGUUCAAUAACACCAAAGGUAGACGGCUUUGUAAAGUACUGUUUGUUUUGUUUGGUUUCAGUGUGGUUUGUAUCAUAAUGUUCCUCAACGCUGAACCAGCAACUCCAAUUGAUCCUUGUUCUCAUCCAAGAUUACACCCUUGACAAUUUGACCAGAAAACAAUCUCGUUUGCUCCCUUAAAUCACAGCUAUGGCACUAACCUGGAUCAGAUUACAGUACUGCCUAUAUAUAUAUAUAUAUAUAUAUAUAUAUUAUAUUAUAUUAUAUUAUUUUGUGUAGCUCUAUAAGAAACUAUACAAUGGAAAUAACGAGGUGUUCUACAAAUUUGUUGGAAGAAAUUGAUUUAUUUAUGUAUAUACAUGUAUGUGUGUAUAUAUAUAUAUAUAUAUAUAUAUAUAUAUAUAUAUAUAUAUAGUGUGUGUGUGUAUGUAUAUAUAUAUAUGUAUAUAUAUAUAUAUAUAUAUAGUGUGUGUGUAUGUAUAUAUAGUUUGAUACUGUAUUUUAUUGUUUUACAAGAAUUCUCUGUUCAUAUUUCUUAAAUCCUUUUUUUCACUUUUUUUUGUUCUUUUAAAUGAAUUUUAAAACUGACAUGAAGCUGCAAAUCACAAAGCAGAAAUAUUGUCCAGCAACCAAAAUUUUUAAAAACAAAUUUAUAUUUCAAUCGGAAACCUCAAAAUCCAUGAAUUAACCUUUGCUGUUGCUAGACUGGCAUCGACCACUUCCUAAAAACAAGCACAUUCAUAAAAUACAUAUUUAUUUUUGUAUGAAGCAAAACCACCACUAGUAAUAUGAACAGUUUUGAUUGCACAUGUACAGAGUAUAUGCUUUGUUUAUCUGCUGAAUUUGCCGUGGGAUUGCAUCCUGAGAAAGGUGCUUACACAUACCAAGUGUUUAAGAAUACCAGAAUGUUAACGAUCAAGUGAAAAAUUCAAGGUAUUCUUUAACACACACUGUGUAUAGGGAGCUUUUCUGCUAUCCCACGCCAAAUUCGGCAUAUGAACAAAACACAUACUGUAUAUAUGUGAUCGAUAAUAUUUAUUUUUGUUUUAUUUUAAUGCUUUUAGCAAAAGUGUGGUGAGGCGCAUGGCUCAGUGGCUACAGUGUCGGGCUCACAAUCAUGAAGUAGUGAGUUCGAUUCCUGGAUCAGGCUGUGUUGUGUUCUUGAGCAAGACACUUUAUUUUUCAUGUUUCUCCAGUUCACUCAUCUGUAGAAAUGCGUUGCAAUGCCACUGGUGUCAAAGCUGUGUCAGCCUUUGCCUUUCCCUUGGAUAAAAGUCUAUCGCUCAAGAGCAUGAAUGAUCCUUUUAAUACUUCUAACAGGUUCUGUCUAACAAAAAAAAGAAAAGGAAAUAUGUCCAAAGUACUGUGUAGUAGGAUUGAACCGGAAGCCAUGUGAUUGUUAAGUGAACUUGUUAACUACUUGGCCCCAUUAAGCUGGUGGGCAACAUCACCCAUGCUGUUGUUGGGGGUCUUUUGGGCUGAAUAGAAUUUAUUGUUUGUUGUUGUUGAGUUCAACCAUGACCAUCCCGUCUUUAUCUUUUACCUUUUACAUGUUUCACUGCCGGGACACCACUUUGGAGAAUCUUUACUCAAAUGAAUCGACCCCAGUACUUUUUUUUAGGCCUGGCACUUAACUCUAUCAGUCAUUUUUGCCAAACUGCUAAGUUACGAAGAUAUAAACACACCAACACUAGUUGUCACAUGAUGGUGGAGGACAAAUGCAGACACAGACACAGACAAACAUACAUAUUAGGGCCCUCUUUAAGUUCCUGUCUACCAAAUCCACUCACAAGGUUUUGCUCGGCCCAAGGCUGUAGUAGAAGACACCUGUCUAUGUUGCCAUACAGUGGGACUGAGCCCGGAACCAUUUUGGUUUUUAUCUACCUAGGACUAUAUUAUCCAAUGUGUCCUUUUCUUUUGCUUUUUUUUUUUUUCAAAAUGGUUGAAUUAGGCGAAUAUAUUACUAAGGCAUUGUUUCACAGUUGGAUGUCCUUCCUGUUACUAACCUGUUUUAAUAACAAAUAUUUAUUUACAAAUAUUUUAAUAACAAAUAAAUAAAAGGUGUAAUUUGAAUGAUAUUCAAAAGCUGUUAUUUCUGGCAAGUCGAGCAACCAUACAGAGGCAUACUUGUUUAGCUUUAUUAAUAAAAGUUAUCAGUAUUUCAGUAAAUAGUCUCUCACCUUCACACCUACCUGUACCUCUCUUAUUACACUUCUCUGACCCUCAUUUUCUGCUCCACCCCCAACUUUGUUUAAAAAAUGGUAAAUAAAUAUGAAAUAUGUAAUUUAUAAGUUAUAAAAUAUUUCUAUUGCGUUUUAUAUAUUUUUAAAAAUAUUUAUUUAAUGGUGGAUUAGUUUAAAUGCACAAACACAGGAAGACAGACAGUAAAUGAUGAUGAUGAUGAUGAUGAUGAUGAUGAUGUCUCAUGCAUAUGUUGAUACACAUACAAACAUACAUUAAUACAUGCAAACACACAUACACUGAGACACAUGCAAACUUACAAUUGAUAGACAUACAUAGUUACAUACAGUGAUCUUCAUACUUACAUAGUAAACACACACACACACAUACACACACAUAUGUACACACAUGCAUAUGUGAAAAGUUGUUUGUGCACCUGUUUGUUUCUAUUGUGCCAAAAUUUGAAACUCCUCCUCCUCCUCCUCCUCGUCGCUUGGUCUUGUUUGCUCUGGCUGAUUCUUAAAGAGCAGACAGCAGCCUGUUGUCACGGAGGUCUCUUUCCACAAAUUAUAUGCUUUGAUAAUUGGAUUUAAUUAUCAUGGGAGACAUUCAACAUCCAAAUACCAAUCUCAAAUUCCUAGCUGUCCCCAGCAGAGCAGUUUUUUUGGGGGGCUUGCUCUACUCUCAUGUCAAUUCCGAUUUCUUUGACAUAUUUCUCAAACUUAGUUGUUGGUGCUCCGAGUGCCCCUACAACUACUGGAAUGACAGAUACUCUCCCCAUAGUCCACAUUCUUGCAAUUUUGUCUUUUAGUACUAUAUGCUUUUCAAUCUUUUCUAGUUCUUUGUCACUUAUGCGUGCAUCCCCAGGUAUUACAAUAUCUAUAAUCUUCGUUUCCUUUCUUCCGUUAUCUACCACAGCAAUGUCUGGUCUCCGAGCAUUGCUUAGGGAGUCACAGUGGAUUGUAAAAUCCCACAAUAUUUUAUAUUCAUUGUUCUCUGUGAUUCCUUCUGGUUCAUGUUCAUAUCAUUUCCAUGCUCUGUCCAGGCUGUACUUUUUACAUAAUCUCUAUUAUUAUUAUUAUUAUUAUUAUUGAGGCAAAAUUGUUGGUGCUUCAAACAAAAUGCCACUAAACAUUUUGUCUGUCUUUUGCAUUCCAAGUUCAAAUUCCACUGAGGUUAGCUUUGCCUGUCAUUCUUUCAGGGUCAAUUAAAUAAAUACCAAUUGAAUACUGGGGUUGAUGUCAUCAACUUACCCCUCCUCAAAACUGCUGGCCUUGUUCCAAAAUUUGAAAUCAUCAUCAUUAUUAUUAUCAUUAAGAUAACGAGCUAGCACAAUCAUUAGCCCACUGGACAAGAUGCAUAGUGGCAUUUUGUCUCUCUUUGCAUUCCGAGUUCAAAUUCCACUGAGGUUGACUUUACCUUUUGCCCUUUCGGGGUUGAUGAAAUAAAUACCAGUUGAGCACUGGGGUCCUUGAUAUUGACUUACCCUGUCCCUUAAAAUUGCUGGCCUUGUACCAACACUUGAAACCAUUAUUGGCGAGCUGGCAGAAUCAUUUGUAUGCUGGUCAAAAUGCUUAGCACCAUCUAAGUUCUACGUUCAAAUUCUGCCAAGGUUGACUUUGCCUUUCAUCCUUUUGAGAGUGCGGUGGGUUUGAUAAAAUAAGUACCAGUUGCGCACUGGGGGUUAAUGUAAUUGAUUUAUCCCCUCCUUUGAAAUAUGUGUGUGUGCCAAAAUUUGAAAUCAUUAUUAUUAUGAUCAUUAUUAUUUUUAUUAUUAUUAUUAUUAUUAUUAUUAUUAUUAUUAUUAUUAUUAAGGCAAUGGGCUGGCAGAACUGUUAGCAUGCCGGGGAAAAUGCUUAGUGGUAUUUCUUCUGUCAUCACGUUCUGAGUUCAAAUGCCGUUGGGGUCGACUUUGCUUUCAUUCCUUUUGGGGGUCGAUAAAUUAAAUACCAGUUAUGCACUGAGGUCAGUGUAAUUGACUCGUCCCCUCCCAAAAAAUGUCAGGCCUUGUGUCUAUAAUAAGAAGGAUUAUUAUCAUUAUUAUUAUUAUUAUUAUUAUUAUUAUUAUUGUUACUCUCUUGUCUUUGAAGGCUUUUUGUCUUUGGACUUAUUUCAACCAUAUUCCAUUUUAUACUCUCACCUCCAGUGCCUUCUUUUCACUUCGUCCUUGCAGGAUAAAAAAAUACAAAAAAAAAAAAAUGAACAAAGACAUUUAUUUUUGAAAUAUGGAAAUAUAAGAUCAAGUGAGAAAUAUGAAUUAUCUCUUCCUGCCAAUAAAAGACAUUUUGGUUAUUUCUUUUAUAUUUACAAUAAGGUGAAAAUGUUAUCAUCUGUUGAAGUUUACCAGGCAUGCUGUUGAUUACUGACAAAGUUUUGUUUUCUAUAAAUUCUCUCACAUAUAUUAAUACUAUGUUCAAAAUGUUAUGAAACAGCUGUAAUCAUAUGGAAGUCAUUUCAGAAACAUGUCCUGACUUUAUGCUUUAUUUACUCCUCACUGAUAAUUUACUGCUCGAAUUUUUUUGAUUUUCAGUUACACGGACACAUUAUAUUACACUGCAUUGUAAUUGAAUAUUAUGUAGACUGAUAGCCUAUUCCAAAUGAGGAGCUUACUGUGAUAGCCACAAGAUUCUCUGAAUCCAUAUUAUAUAUUAUAUAUAUGGUUUUUUGAGUGUAGCUCAAUGAAUAAACUUGCAUCUGUUUAAACUGUUCAUAGAUUCUGUUGAAAUGGAUUAAAGUUGUCUGUUUGACUGACAACACUAGUAAACUAUAUCUCCAUUCUUCUUAUUGUGUUAAAUGCAUAGUUGAAUAUUGAUUAGCCUAACAAGCCUUUUGACUGGUAACCCAUCUCUCUCACUCUCCCCCACUCUCUCUCUCUAUCUCACACAUACCGUAUAUACCGCCGUACUGGAUGGAAUUUGAACUUUAAAAAUAUCACCCCCAAACUAAGGCUUAUCUUAUACACCCCGUAUAAAAUCUGAACCUUAACUUCCUGUGAUUUGGAGUAACACCAACGUCAAUGGAGGACAGUAUAAAGCGCUUGCAUGAAUCCUGUGGUUCUACAGCACAGUAUUUUCUACUGAUACAUGUAUGUUUGGAAAGCUGAAUUAAUAGUAAGAUUAUAUUAAAAUAACUGCAUGGUAAACUUAGUGGACAGUCACCAUUUGCAACAGCUGACAAACAAAAUGUAGACAAUCAGCCCAUUCAACUAGACCCCAGGGUCUGUUCUGUUUACACUGCUUCAUUAGAGCACUCUCUCAUACAGUGCUCAGCCAGCCGAGGGCUUUCAGGACAAGUGUAGAUUAUAGUAACAAACCUAUGUACUGGUACCUUCUGUGACUGGCCAGUUCGUGUCAGUUAGACCAAUAACAAUAAACCUUAGAGUUACCGAUUACUAGUUUCUUGAAAAGGCUCAAGUUGUCAGUCUUUCAUAAGCUGCAGCACUCUCACUGGGUGACCACUAAUUUCCAGCAACUGUAAAAUACCCCCCACUCAUGGCCCCCAAGUGAGAAAUGAAGGAAAUAUGAAGCUGGUUUUAAGCUGAAAGUGAUGGCAUAGGCCAAGUCCCACAACGACUGUACUGCUGGUGUAACUAAGAAGAUGGUAAGAGUUUGGAGAUUAAAGGAAGACUUAUCCAGAAGUAUGCCCCAGGACAAAAUGUGCAGUGAGAGGAGGCACUUCACUCCGGCCAAUUCUCGAGAACCAUGUAGCAUACAUGGUUCAUGAGCAACGUCAAAAUGGCUACGUUGUUUCAAGACCAAUAGUCUUCUGAAACCUGACAAAAUUUACAAAUUAAAGAAAAUACUAGCAGUGUACUUUAUAACAACAUUUCUAAUAUAUUACACUAUUAAUAUUAUACAUACCAUCUGUAAAUCCAUUUAAAGUAAAUGAUGUUAUUAUGGUAUACAUGACACCAUGUUCUUGUAAAAUAACUGAUGACUAAGUAAUGUCACGACAGUAGUAUUUACACCAGCCACAUACAUUUGAUGUGUAUUAUAGAAGUUAAUUUACAAUAUUCAGUCACUUUUUGAAAAGAACUGGAUAAAUUUUAAACAACCAAGACUGUAGAAUUGUUGCAUACAAAAUUUACUGAUUGAAACAUAGUUAAUACGCUAUUGAAAUACAAGAAAAACAGAGGCUUGAGGGGCCACUGGGGAAGCUACAAUUCACCUAGCUCCUUUAGCUAUGAACCUCACACCUUUGGUGCUUAGGCUAUUUUCCACGAAAACUUGGGGUAGUCUUAUUCAGCAAGUAUAGCUCAAAACCCACAUUUAAAUGGAAAUCCUGGGGGUCGUCCUGUACAUCCAGUCGUAAUAUAUGCCGGCAUAUAUGGUUUAUGUAUAUAUCUAUAUCUAUCUGCUUACUAAAUCCCUUGGGCAGAGUUUCUCAACCUUUUUUUGUUCCACAUCCCACUUCAGUAAUCCAAGAAAAGAAAGUGCAUCCCAUGGACAAAGUUUAUAACACACACACGUAGUACUUGCAACUGACUUUGAGAAACAAUGCCCUAGGGGUUAUAUAUAACUUGUACUUCAAAAGGAGAAAUUCUCAAGAUAACAAGAUAGUAAAAAAAUUUAGUUUCCCCCAACAAAAAUCUCAUAUUUCCAAUUUUUUUAUGUAUACAAGAUCUGAACAUUUUCACAUACAUAUUUACACACACACACACACACACACACACACACACACACACACACACACGCACAUACACGCAUGUGUGCACACACAUACACGCAUGUGCACACACACACACAAAUUCUCUCUCUCUUAUCUGCAUGUGUACAUGGACACACAUAUAAACAUAUACAAUCAAAUGUAUAUCAUGAAACCUAUCCAGAUUUUAUUGUUGUAUAAUUUUUAAAUAAAGUAUUACUGAGUUUAUCAGUUAUUGCUAAGGUUCUUUUACAAUCUACUGCCAAGCACAUGAACAGUGUAACCAUCAAUUCAUCCUGAUGAUCAGGCUGAGAUGGUCUUGAUAUAUUUCUAGACUAACGGAUCUAGGAAUGUUAUUGUUCCAAAACAAGCAUAAGGGACAAAUAAAGAAACUAAAAAAGUCUUUAAUAAAAAAAAAAUUAAACCUUA